AUGGCGAACCAAGCACACUCACUUCCAGUAAUAAGAUACAGGAAAGGAAUAUCUGCGGAGACAUUCGAAAAGUUUCUUCAGAAAGAAUCUCAAGGGGUCCAAGAGGGUGUCGAUGAUAAACUUAUGCUGCGUCUCUUCGGAUGUAGCCCAUGGGACCUGGCGACUUGGGGUCUACGAUUCAGCAGCGAUGAUAAAACCAUCAUGAUAAGAGAAUUAAAUCUGCUCCUCCCGCACCUGAUUUGGGAGGGAAACGUCGAUAUCUUACGAUACGUCCUCCAGAAGGCCAUUAUCCAUCGAUUGGGGGAAGAUAUAGAGCCACUGGGGCCUUUGAGACCAGGGAUUGCAGACAUAUUGAUUGCAAGAGAAAAGCCAGACACCCCUGGUCUGGCGCUGGAGAUGUGGGCAGAAUCCAACCCUGAAACAAACACCAACGUGAUCCAUUUACUCGAGCUAGUAUUGAAAUACUGGGGAAACUCCGAGCGAAAGCAAUGGAUCCCUGGCCCGUUUGUACUUAACUCAGAUGAUAUCCUUUGCAUUUACGAGUCACUUGAUAUUCUCUCAGGGGGUUGUCUAGCACCAUUCGCAGUACAAGAAUACUAUGACGCUUUUAAGAUGUUUGCAAUCAAGAGCCGCGAUGGACGCUUGGAAGAACCAGAUACCCGCGUUGGAAAAGAAAGAGAACGAUACAAGACCCUAGCAUACUGGAAGAGCCGAAACUGUAAUUCGUGGCUCAAGAAUCUGGUAGCGAAGAACACUGCCCCGUAUGUCUUCAAGUGA